UCUAUUUUUAAUCGAUUUGUUUGGCAAUUGGCAAUAUUUUGUUUGAAAUAUGAAUUUGUUUCUAUAAGCCAUAAUUAAAAGAUUAAAUAUACCAUGUCACAGGCACAGAGUACAUUUGAUUGAAUAAUUUAAAUACACAAGUAUAAUAUAAUACAAAUUAGUUACGGAUUAUAAAAAUAUAAACAAAUUACAUAGUUAUAAUAGAGAUACCUAUUUCCUUUUUAUGUAUACGCAUUAAUUAAUUGUAAAUAUUAUUCACCUUGCUUACUGCAUCCUGUAAAAAAUGGCCAAUAAAGAGGAGGAUGAAACAUUUGAAGAGUAUGAAGUUUACAUAAAUCCGGAAGACGGUAUGCCGAAUGCUCAUCCAAACAUUUCUGAUAUAAAUCAAGAAAGUGAUUCCCAAUACGAAGUAACCGACUUUGAUGAUUUACCCAAGUCGGUGAUAGUAACAAAUAUUCAUAGUGAAGUGUUUUCGGAUGAAAAAUUGAAAAAGAAACUAGAGGAUAUCUUUCGCACUUUUUCGGAUAAUGUGGUGUUUCAGUGGUUAAAAAGUUUCAAACGCCUACGUGUUAAUUAUGACAGUCCCUUGGAUGCUGCCAAUGCCCGAGUGCAGCUUCAUCAAUAUCACUUUCACAAAACACGGAUAAACUGCUACUUUGCUCAGCCAGUUACUCCAAUAUCUAUUAAAAACUUGAAGCCGCCAGCUCCUGUUAAGCAAUUUUUGAUUUCUCCUCCAGCUAGUCCUCCAGUAGGUUGGGAGCCACGCGAAGAAGGUGAACCUAUAGUAAAUGAUGAAUUACUUGCAGCUUUGGCUAGCUUGACACCAGGAGAGAGCCAUGAAUUGCAUGCACCAACACCAACCCAACCAGCUAUUAUUGUGCAUACAGCAAUAGCUGCUGAACCCUGUGGUAAGAUUGGACUUAAGAUUCAUCAAACACCAUGCCCAAAGUAUUAAAGCCUUGUUGAUAUUUGUAGAAACUUAUAUUUUUAGAGUGUAGCUAUUUUGUCACAUGUUACUUGACUAAGGCAUGCCAAAGAUGUAGGUAAAACUGUUGAUAUAAAGAAUAUUUAAUAGAAGGAAAGAUAAUCUCACCUGAUUCAUAUUUUGCUUCAUGUUUGCUUACUUGAUGUUUCAUAGUAUAUGCCUAGUCAACAGAAAUGAAUCUAACAUGGUGACUUGUACUUGCAAUCACAGCAGCAGUUAAUAAAAGAGAAUCCAGAUAUCUCCUGAGAUUUUGUACUUGUAGUGACCUAAUGAUCUUGUGUCAUUGUUUUUUUAUUGCACCCAGUACUGCUGCAUGUAUGAAUAUGAACGUCGGAUGACGAUGAGAUGCGAGUAGAAAGAUUUACAAGUGACAUCAUUUUAGAUAUUUAUCUACUGACUUGUGUUAUAUUUUGUGAUUAAUGUUAUAUUGGUGCUAUUUGUUCAUAAAAUUGUGUUUCAUACUUAGAUAUUAUAUAUAAAACUCAUUCUAUAAGUAUGUAAUAAAAUACAAUGAAAUUAUUGUAAGAUUUAAUACUAAGACACAUAGGAGAUUCAUGUUGGUCAUUAACAUAUCAUACAUAGUCUAUUCAAAGAUAAAAUUUAUGUAAACCAAAACCACAUAAGCAUACAUUCUAAAUACAUAUUACUGUAGUAUCCAAUCCUACUACAAAAGUUUUUUAUUAAAUUUAUUUAAAAAAUUAUCUCAUAAUACCUGCAUUGUUCACAAUAUUGUAAUAUCUUAAAAUAAAAUUAUGUUAACAAAAAAGCUGUAUACUUUUAAGUAUGUUCUGUAAUAUCUAAUUGCAGUUACAUUCAUUGAAUAGAAUUAGACGUGGUUGUAAAAUCAAUAAACUGUUUUUAUUAACAGUUUUAUAUUUGUUAAGGAAUUAACUGAUUUUCUUCAACGAAAAAACCUGUUGAACAUAAUAAGCUAAUAAAUUCAAUCAACAUAUUUGUCUGUAACUCGCACUAAAUGAAGAAAUUGAAUGCCUCACUAAAACAGCUUAAUUCAAAACAGUUGAUGAAAUUGCGAACGAAAAUGUUGACUUGAUAUUAUAUUGAAAAAAUAAAAACCUAAAUUAUUAAUAAAUUUUCAAAACCCGUUGACAAUUUAACAGUUUUUUUUUUUGAACAAAAAACAGUUGAAUUAAUUUAAUUUAAAAACCUUCAAUGACACACCUCUAAAUAGAAUUACUUAUUUGAACUCUAUUAUAUACCUGCAUCUAUGUGGAACCAUUAAUAUAUACAAUAUUUAUAUCACAUUUUUAAAAUCUUCUGUGUAAUAUGUAUAACAUAGAAUCCUAGAGAUUUUUGAAUUAAUAUAAUGUUGGUUAGUGCUUAUCGUUCCUUUAAAUGGAAGAGAAAUAGAAUUGCUUAGUAAUUGAUAUUUUAUUAAUCUAAAAUCUAAUCAAUGUAAUUAUGAUAAUAUAAUAUAUUUUUUUAGAUGUGAUUACAAUUUUGCUUAUUAUGUAGCAGAAAUAUUUGCUCUUGUAUUUUACUACUUACAUUAUUGACAUCUGUUUAAGUAUGUACAGCAAAGUAACAUUUUCAUGUGGUUUAGUAAUGCAAAUACAGAAAGCAUUAAAACUUAUGUCUUAAUUGCUUGUGGAUUGUCACAUAGAUCAAAAUAAUGUCAAGCCAAACCACUCCACAGAAUGUAUUUAACGAAAAACAAUUUAACCAGAGCUAUUAUGAACUAUUGAUUAUUUUUUUGAUUAGGCUAAAAUCCUAAUUUAAUGUAAAUAGCCAAAUGUUUAUUUAUUUUUAUUAUUGUUUUGCUUUUACCAAAAGGUUUUCCUUGAUAUAUUUAUUUAUUUUAAACUAUAAUGAUGCUUGUAUGAUGAGGUUAGCAGUACAAUGUGACUGCUGCCAGUGCAAGAAGUGUUUGUAUUUCUUUAAUCCAUCAAUAUAUAAAAUGUAUUUAUGAAGAUUUUUCUUUACCAUUAUAUUAAAAUGUAAAUAAAGAGUCACUAAAGAUCUAGCUGUUACGGAA